CCGUAACUAUAUAUGUGUAUGGAUGUACACUUAAAAGCAGAAUAAGCUAAGUUCUAGUUGCAGGCUCUCUCGCAAGCUCUCUUUUGAUGCCGAUGAAUCUUCGACAAUGCAUGAACCACCUCCCCCCCGAUAACAGGGAGUCCAGUACCAGCUGAGCGGUAGCUUCGGGCCUUCAUGCCGCACGACCAGGCCCUGUGCUCACUUGGGGGCCGAACGAAAGGAUGAAUUGCCGACAGAAAAGUUGACUUUCUGGCAACGUAUCAGACAUAAACUCCAUCGGGACACCCGACGAUAAGCUCUUGUCCGAGCACAGGUGGUGUGGCUCGCAACUCCAUUCAGGGAAGCAGGGGAGAUGAGGUUUUGACGGAAAGGGACGUCUACCCUCCCCUACCCUACCCUACCCUACCUACCUGCACCUGCUCGCAACGGCGCCCCAUGUCAGGGAACAAGGGUCAACGGGCGUAUGAGCUAAGCGCAAAAGGAACUAUCAGUUGCCAUCUGGACAGGAUACAGGUCCAGGCAAUCUCAUGGAACAUCGGCCUCGCGACCCACACCGAUGUCGUGCUGUACUGUACCUUCUUGAGUCCUCGGUGGCUUUCGUGCUAUGGAUACGCUCCUACACUAUCCGUACCUAGUGCACAUAGGCGAGCAGCCACAGGCGUGUGGAAAGGUUCCACGGUGACCGGGAAAAGCCGACUAGUUCGUGAUGGGCAAUACCUCCUUUUAGCUGGCAGACCGGACACUAGACAGAUUACAUAGCUAGGUACAGUAGCGAAACUCUAAUAGGGACACGUCUCGGCGCGAUCCAAGUGAAGGUGGG